CCCCCCCGCCCGUGCCCUCCUCCCCACGCAGCCCGGGGAGCGGCGGCGGGUGACGCAGCCGCCCGGAGCGAACAUAAGGGACGAUGCGGGCGGGGGCCCCGGUGUAGCCCGGUACCGCCAGACCGGGCACCGGCACCGGGAACCGGGCAGCAGGUAGCGGGCCGGGCACGGGGGCGGUGGGCUCCCCCCCUCCCCUCCCCAGCACCGCGGACAGGCCCUGGUGGCGGGGGGGGGGGGUAAGGGGGGGACUCGGGGGGGGUCCCCGGUGCCCCCGUCCUCCCCCCGCGGGCAGCGGGAAGGGCCGAGGCUGCAGCCGGGCUGGGACCCGCCGGCGAGAUGGAGGCAGCGCCAGGGAAGCACUUGCCCGAAGAGCCGGUGCCUGUCGGUCCUGCGGAGCCGGCCCUGCUGCGGGGGGAAGCUGCUCCCCCGGCACAAGCGGCUCACACCACCAUUAAGCAGCACGGGGUUACGGGCAGCGUGGCCACAGCUCCUUCACGUUUCCUCCAGCAGUGAGGAAGCAAAGAUCACGGCUCCAGCCCGAGAAGCCACGGGAGAUGCUCACGCUGUCACCAGCGGGCUCUGCGUUACCUCCCGAGAGACCUAGAAGACGUGGUGGAAACCGCCUCGGCAUCAGGACCAUGCUGAUUUCUGGGGCAUUUGGGGAAAUCGGCUGCACCCGGGCAAACGCCAGCGCAGCCACCGGCGAGGCCGGGCUGGAGAAGAGCGAGGCAGGAUGAACCGAGGGACAUUGCCCGGGAGCAGCGAGAGCAAAGCUGCUCUGCAAGGGCGGCCGAGCCGUAGGCUGAGGGUGACCCCCCACACAGGCUGGGGACGAGAUUGCAUCAGCAGGGCCAAAUCAGUGACGGGUCCCACAAACAGAGACCAUCGGGCCAAGCCGCUGGCCGACGCCAUCUCUGCCCACCAGUGAUCAGCGGCCGGUGCCAUGGAUGAGGUGACGGAGCUGGAGAUGGGGGGGAACUCUCUCCUGAAGGCAGUGUGGCUCGGCCGGCUCCGGCUGACCCGCCUGCUGCUGGAAGGGGGGGCUUACAUCAAUGAGAGCAACGAGAAAGGGGAGACCGCCCUGAUGGUGGCCUGCAUCACCAAGCACGUCGACCAGCAGAGCAUCAACAAGGCCAAGAUGGUGAAGUACCUGCUGGACAACCGAGCUGACCCCAACAUCCAGGACAAGUCCGGGAAAACAGCCCUCAUGCACGCCUGCAUCCGCGGCGCCGGCGGGGACGUGGUGUCCCUGCUGCUGGAGAACGGGGCAGACCCCAGCCUGGAGGAUCACUCGGGAGCGUCAGCUCUGGUCCACGCCAUCAACGCCGACGACAAGGACGUGCUGCAGCACCUCCUGAACGCCUGCAAAGCCAAAGGGAAGGAGGUGAUCAUUAUCACCAUGGACAAAUCGGCCUCUGGCACCAAGACCGCCAAGCAGUACCUGAACGUUCCCCCCUCGCUGGAGUUCAAGGAGAGGGCCCCCCCCGAGGCGUGCACAGCACCCUCCAGCACCCACCUGAAAACUCCCAUCUCGGCACCUUCCCCUGCUGAGAAGGAGAACGGCAUCUUCAGCUCGCACCCCGGGGACAGCCCCUCGGCCAGGGCUGCCGACGAGCCCCCCUCCCCGGGCCGGAGAGCUGGUGCGGGCAGGAGAGCCCGCCUGCCCCAGCUGAAGCGGCUGCGGUCGGAGCCGUGGGGUCUGGUCGCGCCCUCGGUGCUGGCAGCCUCCGCGCACCGCGACGACACGUGGGUCUGCGCGGACGACGAGGUGAUCACGGGCAUCGGCGACCUCUCGCUCUCCAAAAAGUCUCCCCUCGCCCGGGGCAGCAGCAGCAAGAGCAAGGACCCCUCUCUCUUCCCCCCGGUAGACGAGCAGGCCCUGAGGACGCCGGCAGCCCCCGGGCCGCUGGCGAGGAAAGCAGCCUACGAGAAGAGCCAGGCCACCCACCCGCGCCUGCCCCGACGGAGCACGGUCCCCGAAGAGCCGGAGAGCGUCGGCUCCGGUGCCGCCGGCUUGGCCGCGGUGAUGGAUGCGCUGCACUGGCGGAGGCUGGGCGCCGAGCACUACGACUGCGACCCCCAGCCCCCCGGCGCGGCCGAGGCGGGGAAGGUGCCGUCGGAGAGGAGGAAGCUCAGCGGGUCCCACCUGGCCCUGCUGGGCGGCUCGCGGGAGUCCCUGGACGGCAUCGCCGGCACAUCGCCCGGGACCGUCCGGCGCCGGCCGCCCGGCUUGCUGGAGAGGCGAGGGUCUGGGACCCUGCUGCUGGACCACAUCUCCCACACGAGGCCGGGAUAUCUGCCCCCCCUGAACGUGAACCCCAACCCCCCCAUCCCCGACAUCGGCUCCAACAGCAAAACCUCCCCGCUUGCUGCUGGCUUGAAGUCCCUGGUGCCCAUCGCACCCAGCUCGCCCAGGCGGGGCGACUUGAGAGCCAAAAGGAAGCUUCUCCGGAGACACUCCAUGCAGGCGGAGCAGAUGCGGCAGCUCUCCGAUUUCGAGGAAAUAGUGGCCCAGUAGCUGUGUCACCAUUUGCCUCCCAGGAAGGCUACCAAACCAGUGCUGUCCCUGCAGAAACAUGACGGUUCCCGCACAGAGCGGCCGCCCGGCUCUAGGGAAGCGCUGGUGGCCACGGGCGUCAGGCCUGUGCCCCGGGGGCUGGACCAGGAGGUUCCUGCCCUCACUUGCCAGAGAUGUAAGGAGAGCCUGGGCGUCCAGCCUGAAGAGCUGAAGUCUCUCUUGUGCUCUUCAUUCACUUCUGGACCUUUCCCCAGGAGCAGCUGCCUGAGAGGUGGAUCCCAGACCACCCCAGAUCGUCAGGCUUCGCACAAGGGCUCCUGCCUGCAGUUCGUUUAUUCCUCAUUAUUUACAAUCCACUUUUCUUCCAUCCCGCUCGUUGUGACACAGAAACCCGUCCAGAGCCCCGUGCCAGUGAGCCGUGAGGCUGGUGUGUUUGUGAAGUGCCUACCAGGAAGGAAAGGAGCUUAACGCUGCGCGAGGUCGGAGGAGCAGAAAUAUCCCUCUCUAGCCAUCGAAUGUACCCUCACUGUGCUGGAGAGGGAGACAGUUCUCCGCCUCAGAGAUUUCCAAGCACUUUGAAACUCCAGCGGCUGAGCUAAACCCCGUUACUGCUGCAACCCGGUGCCUUCGGUGGGCCUGGAUUGGGAACGGGUUUGUCUCUGUCUCUGAAGCGACCAAGGUUCAGGGGCAUUUCCCACCGCACUGAGCAGCUCCAAGCCCUGAAUUCCUGGGCGGGGAGCGCUCCCAGCUCGUCUGCGUGGGAAGCUUCUGCCGACAACGGGGGAGCAAGGAUGCCAAGUUGCCGAGGAUGGCACGUGGCGAGUGUCAGGGGUUGGUCCCAGCCUGGGAAAGCUGCAGUGGUGCAGCCUGAGUCCGAGCACGGCUGGAGGCGGGGGUGCGGCUGCGGUUCCUUCCCGGGGCACGGGGACCCCAGCACCCAGCCCUGCAGACAGCCGGGGCCGCGCAGCACUCGCAGCACGUGGCAGCUUUGCAGCAUCAAGGGCAGCGAGACCACGCACCGCCGGCCCCCUCCCACCCGCACACCCCAACCCGGCACCGGCCGGCGGUGGGGAGCACGCCUCGCCCCACGCUUCGACGGGGCCAGGGGCUGGAUGCGUGCCGCAGCUGCCGGCUGCCAAGAGGAAUCAGCCCACAGCCCCGACUCGGUGAGCGUCCCGGAUCUGCGCCCCCCCCCGGCCUCGUGCCACCCGUAUAAACCCGAGCGACAGCAACUCCCGUGGGUUUAUUCAGUGACGUCCCGCGUGUCCCGCCGCCCACGGCACAGGCAGCGGCACCGAGUGACAAGCACACAGCAGCAGCGUCGCCCCCCGGGGCUGAUGCCGGAUUCUGCCCUCACCUCAGUCCUCCCUCCGAAACAGCCAGCGACGAGCCGGGGGCAUUGGCCGUCCCGCUCCAGGCUGCCCCAAAACUGUGUGAGGCAGCACCGCUUUUUGGGUUGAAUGUUCUCUGAAAGUGCAUUUGAGAUUUAAAUACGCUAUUUAGAGCAAAGGUGGGCUUAUAUUUUUACAGCCUUAAAGUUUAUACUUUCUGUAGGUCAACUGUCUUCUAGAGUGAAUUUCAGGCGUAUUUUCCCUAUAA